AUGGCUUACACAGACGAUGCCGUCAAGGCCAAGCUGUCGGCUCUGAACGAGAGCCAGGAGAGCAUUGUCACCGUCUCUCAAUGGGUCAUGUUUCAUCGGCGCCACGCCGAGAAGAUUGCGCAAAUCUGGCUCCAGAGGGUUCGCGACUCCCCGCCUCCCAAGCGACUCAGUCUGAUCUACCUCGCGAAUGAGGUUGCUCAGCAAUCAAAGGUGCGGAGAAGAGACGAGUUUCUGAUAGCAUUCUCUCCGAUCGUCGCAGAGGCCACGGCAAUCGCAUACAAAGGAGCGUCGAAUGAUAUUCAGGAAAAGAUACGCCGGAACGUGGAAGUAUGGAGACGACGCGAAGUCUUCGAAAUACCCAUCUUGGAUGCCAUUGAAUCUCGCAUGAAGGAAAUCGACGAGACACGUUCCACUACCAAGAAACAAACUCUCGGUGGCUCUUUCUUCAAGGAUUCCUCUGCGGGAUCUACGCCCUCUGAGCUCCAGCCGCUUGUCCCUCUCCAAAUCGCCCUUACCAAAGCUGCCAUGACUUCGAACACUUCCGCCAACACUGCAACUACCGAAUACGAGAAGAUGAAUGAUCCUCAAACUGAGCAGCCCCUUCCUCCAGUGCAGGCCGCGCGCCUCAGCCAUCUGUUGAAGACCCUAGCCAGCGCCGAAAGCUCCGUCUCGGAGGUAAUCAAGUCACGGCGCGCACUGAUCGAUGGACUCGAGAAGCUUCUUGCAACCAACCGUUCCGAGUUGACCAAGGAAGAGUCCCUUGCCUCGCAGUUGGCCGAGAGAAAGACUCAGACAGACACCAAGAAGCGCGAAGUCGAGGAUGCCAUCAUGCGCGGCUUUACCGAUGAUGGACCCGGUGCACACCACCAGAGCGCCGACAACGAGGAUGCAGGCCGACCCCAGGUCGAGGGGUUGACACCUCCCCCAGUGGAGGCCAUCACGCCCGUAGGAUCACCCAAGCCCGAGCCGUCGCAAGCCACCCAUGGCCCUUUCACCGACGAACCUGAAGAGCCUCUCCCCGAAGGAUUCUCUCUGCCCGGCAUUAGCCAACCCGACGACAGCUCUGUAUUCCCUGAUCCAUCCAACAUUUCUCCUGGCGGCGGCAAUGACUUCGAUCUCGGUGCCAAUGGAUCAGGCGCAAAGCGCCGCAAGACCACUCAUGACGAGGAAGAUUAUUCGCAGUUUGCGGGUGGAGAUCUGGAUGAUGAUGUGGCGGCACUGCUAGCGUCGCACGACAAGUAG